AAAAAGUGCCCUUCCGGUGGGCGUUUCCAAAUCAAGGAAGAGGUCCUGUUGUUCAAGCUCUUCCUGAGGAAAGGUAGAGGAACUCUGAUCACAGAGUUUCUAUCUUCCAACCUUGAUUGAAGCCUCCUACAAUAUCCAGUCUUCAACUUACAACAACAUCACAAAGGUUGCCACUGGGUGGCCAGUUUCUUUCUGGAAGAACAGGAAUGGAUGGCACAGAAUUGCCACAGAGCGUUGUGACUUUUUGGGAUGUGGCUGUGUUUUUCACAAAGCAGCAGUGGGCUCUGCUGGACCAGAAUCAGAGAGCUUUGUACUGGGAAGUCAUGCGAGAAAAUUACGACAAUGUGGCCUCCUUGGAAUUUCCACUUGCCAAGCCUGAUCUGAUCUCCAGGCUUGAGCAAGACCCUUGGUUUCCAGAUUGCCUUGUCUUGGAGAAAAUGUGGGCAACAUCACAACCCCACACAGGGCCUUCCAAUGUGAAAGUCAAGCUAGAACCAGCAGAAAAAUCCUGCUACCUGUGGGUAUCUGAGGCCUCCCCAAGCACCAACUCAGGUGGCAGCAGGGUGUCUCCAUGUCAAUACAGAUGGACAAGGAAUAAAGGAAAGGAAAAGGCUGUGGGAAAACCAGUCAAGGAACCAGUGACUUUUGGAGAAGUGGCUGUGUAUUUUACAGAAGAGGAGUGGGAUCUGCUGGAUCUUAGCCAGAGAUCUCUGUACAGGAAGGUCAUGAUGGACAACUAUGAGACGAUGGCAUCUCUUGGUCAAAGAGAAGAGCUGUGGGCAUCAGAUGUGCCACUUCUGAAGCAAGUGGAGAUCUCUAACUUCAGAACGGGCGUCCCAUUAGAUAAUUUCAGGAAAACAAAUGUCUGCCACCAAUGCUGGAAGUGUUUUGCACACAAAUUGGAUCUUGCUCGGCACCAGCGCUGCCAUGUACAAGAGGAAGAUGAAAACUUAGUCAGAAAGAAGUCCCACGAAUGCACCCCAUGUGGAAAGCAUUUUGAUCAAAAGAGAUCAUUUAUUCUUCACAAGAAGGCCCACCUUGGAAUGAAAAACUUGGGUUGCACCUUCAACUUCUCAGGAGAAGAACCAUACAGAUGCCAGGAGGAGAGGCAGUGUUUUGCUCAGGAUUCCAACUUUGGGAGAUACCAGAUAAGUCCCCAGUUGGACCUUGUGAAAUAUGAGAGCAUCAACACAAGCGAUGACAAACCUUACGGAUGUAUGGAAUGUGGAAAUUGUUUUACUCGGAAAUCCAACUUGGCGACUCAUCAGAGACUCCACAAAGGAGAGAAACCAUACAAAUGCCAGGAGUGUGGAAAAGGCUUUGCUCGGCAUUCGCAAGUUGUGAUCCACCAAAGAGUCCACACUGGAGAGAAGCCGUAUAUGUGUCAAGAAUGCGGGAAAGGUUUUGCCCAGAACUCGACUCUCUUGAUCCACCAGAGAAUUCACAGCGGCGAGAAGCCAUACAAAUGCCAGGAGUGUGGGAAAUACUUUGCCCACAAUUCACACCUUGUGAAGCACCAGAUCGUGCACACGGGAGAGAAACCCUACAAAUGCCAUGAGUGCAGGAAAUGUUUUGUUCGCAAGGCAGAGCUUAUUUCACACCUGAGAGUCCACACAGGAGAGAAACCAUACAGGUGCCAGGAGUGUGGGAAGUGUUUUGCUAAUAAGUCGGAUCUUAUGCCUCAUCAGAGAGUCCACACGGGAGAGAAACCAUACAAAUGCCAGCAGUGUGGGAAACAUUUUUCUCAGAACGCACACCUCCUAGGACACCAAAAAGUCCACACAGGAGAGAAACCAUACAAAUGCCAGGAGUGUGGAAAACGUUUUGCUCACAAGUCAGACCUUGUGGUUCACCAGAGAGUGCACACGGGGGAGAAGCCAUACAGAUGCCAGGACUGUGGGAGAUGUUUUGCACAGAAGUCGCAUCUUGUAGGCCACCAGCGUAUCCACAUGGGAGAGAAGCCGUACUCCUACCAAGACUGUGAGGCCUUAACUCACGAUGUAAGCCUUGAUACUCAAGUAAGAGUUCCCCCAAGAGAAAACCCGUACAAAUGCCAGGACUGUGGGAAGUAUUUUACUUGCAAUUCUAAUUUGGCCAGGCAUCAGAGAGUACAUACGGGGGAGAAACCUUUCAAAUGCCAGGAGUGCGGGAAAGGGUUUUCUCAGAAUGCAUACCUUGUGAGCCACCAGAGAGUCCACACAGGAGAGAAGCCAUUCCAGUGUCAGGAGUGCGGAAAAUGUUUUGCUCAGAAUUCAAAUCUUGUGACUCACCAGAAAGUCCACAUAAGAAAAAAGGGGUUAAAAUUCCAGUAGUUUGUGUGUGUGUGUGUGUGUGUGUGUGUGUGUGUGUGUGUCAGGAGCAACUUGAGAAACUGCAAGUCGCUUCUGGUGUGACAGAAUUGGCCGUCUGCGAGGACAUUGCCCAGGGGAUGCCAGGAUGUUUUGAUGUUUUACCAUCCUUGUGGGAGGCUUCUCUCAUGUCCCCGCAUGGGGAGCUGGAGCUGAGAGAGGGAGCUCAUCCGCACUCUCCCUGGAUUCAAACCUGCGACCUAUCCAUCUUCAGUCCUGCCAGCACAAGGGUUUAAUCCAUUGUGCCACCUCCAGUAGACUAAAAAAUUGAGAGGUUAUGAACAACCAGGGAUUCAUACAGGGAUACUGGAAAUUAUUCAAAUUUACCAGUAUUUACUCGAAUAUAAAUACUCGGCCAGGCUGUAGCAGUCACCAGAUAAUCAUCAGCUGCAAUAUAUCACUACCAACCGGAAGGUGACUUGUUCGAAGCCUGAGUCGGAUUGAGCACCUGACUGUUAAGCCUAGUUUACUGUCCACCUAAGCAGUUUGAAAACAGCUGAGCUGUGAGUAGAGAAAUUAGGGACCACUUAAACCAGGGGGGUAUUUUACGACACCAUAAAAAUGCCAGCGGUCAAAGAACAAGGAGGAAAUAUGAUCAAAUGACUUGGCGUCAUAGUGGAUGAAGCAACAGCUCCCCCUCUGGCUGGAAUUGAGCAUUACCACCAGGCACCGAAGUGGAAAUACCAAAAAUACCUCUGCUUGUCUGUCUGUAUGUCUAGAAAAUGGCAUUGAGUGUUUGCCGUGAAUGUGUGCUUUGUGAUCUGCUCUGAAUCCCCUUUGGGGUGAGAAGCGAGGAAUCUAAAAAUUGUAAAUAAAUAAAUACUGUGAUAUAAUA